AUGAAGUUCGGUAACCUUGUGCUCAUUGCUGCUGCGGCAGGCUCCGCGGUGGCUGCUCCUGCAAAAGAGCAGAAGAAGAGAGCUUCAGUUUUCCAAUGGUUCGGAAGCAAUGAGUCUGGAGCUGAGUUUGGCGAAAACACCAUUCCUGGCUCAUAUGGAAAAGACUUCACCUUCCCAGACCCUUCUGCAAUCAGCACAUUGAUCGGAAAGGGCAUGAACAUCUUCCGGAUUCAAUUCCUCAUGGAGAGACUGGUGCCAAGCUCUAUUACAGGCUCCUACAAUGAGGAGUACCUGGCCAAUCUGACUUCGGUUGUGAACGCCGUCACGGAGGCAGGAUCUUAUGCCAUUCUGGACCCCCAUAACUUUGGCAGAUAUAAUGGCCAGAUUAUCUCCAGCACCGACGACUUCCAGACGUUCUGGCAGAAUCUGGCUGGCGAGUUCAAGUCCAACAAUCUGGUCAUCUUCGAUACUAACAACGAGUAUCACGACAUGGACCAGACCCUGGUUCUGAACCUCAACCAGGCCGCCAUCGACGGUAUCCGCGCCGCGGGAGCCACCUCGCAAUACAUCUUCGUGGAGGGCAACUCCUACACCGGCGCCUGGACCUGGGCCGACGUCAAUGACAACCUGAAGGCUCUGACCGAUUCCCAGGAUAAGAUCGUCUACGAGAUGCACCAAUAUCUCGACUCGGACGGAUCCGGCACCUCGGAGACCUGCGUGUCUACCACGAUCGGUCACGAACGCGUCACGGCCGCCACGCAGUGGCUGAAGGAUAACGGCAAGGUUGGCAUUAUUGGUGAAUUUGCUGGCGGUGUCAAUGAUCAGUGCCGGACUGCUAUUUCAGGGAUGCUGGAGUACUUGGCUCAGAACACGGAUGUGUGGAAGGGAGCCCUUUGGUGGGCGGCUGGCCCCUGGUGGGGUGACUAUAUGUUCAACAUGGAACCUCCGAGCGGUGCGGCUUAUGUGGGCAUGUUGGACGUCUUAGAGCCAUACCUGGGUUGA